AUGGACGAAGAAGAGGACAUGGACAUAGCUGCGGCUAUGGGCUUCUCCUCGUUUGGGGGAACCAAGAAGCGAAAAUUCGACCCUGAAAACUCACCAAAGGCCAAAGCCGAUGCAAGCGGUGCAAACUCCACCAAACUCGGGGUUAGAACGAAGAAAGUUGCUAGCGGAGAAGCGAAUGAACCUGAAGCUUCCGAUUCAAAGAAAACCCCGGCAACCGAUUCGGGUCUUGCCAGCUUCCUCGCACGUGGCCAAACCUUUCCGGAAACUCCCCUUGGCACUGCUGAAGGCCCUGCUCCGAACGAUCAGUCUGCAAUGGAAACCAUGUCAUUUGGCGGACCUCCUAUUUCUAGAGCAGAAAUGAAUGCGCUUCGUAAUGGAGUUCAGACCGAGAACGGGGACACAGCCUAUUUUCUACCAAGCUUUGUUGAGGACCCUUGGGCCAAGCUCGGAAAAGGCAACAGUGGAUGAUAAUGCGGAACAACUCCACGAAUCAGGUUACUGAAAAGAUUGCAUCAGAGCUUUGUGGCAUCUCAUUGAAGAGAUUGAAGUUGCCAUAGUGCUCUACCGAGUAUUGUUGUAGAGCCACCAGGGUCUAAAAGCAACUAAAAGGUGGUGCUUCAUGGGUGCCUGUGCACAUUGACGUAUUCAGAUCACUGCGCUUGUAUCAAGUCUAGUGUAUAUUGCACAUCCAUUAGGGCCGUGCGAGUUAUGGCCGUGUUUUCUUAGGCUGGAAAAAAGCUGAAAUCAUUUGUAACGUACCAAACAGUUGAAAGACAUUGUCAAGAACUGAUUGGCACUAGCUUAUCGGAAAUUUGACUAGAUUAGUAGUUGUGUAAUUCAAAAGCUGACGAAUA